UCAAGACCAAGCAAUGAAACAAGCUGUAGAUGACUUUCAUUUACACGCCUCAAAGAUAAUACAGUUGUCAAUGCAUGCUGCAUCUUUAUCAUCUGAUACACAAAAAGUCCAUGCCAUCAAGGAGGCAUCUACCAAGCUUGAGAGCCUGCUACCAAUGUUUAUGUCAGCCGCAAUGGCCGUAAAGCAAAACUCUUCUGAUCAAGCUGCUGUUAGUCGAUUGGGUUUCCUGUCUCGUGAGUGGAUGAGUAAGGUUCAGCUAUUGGUAGAUGCUCUAGAUGACGUAACUGACUUGCAGGACUUGCUAAAAGUCUCAGGAAACAGUUUCUACCAGGAACUCUCUGACCUUCAAGAUGCUCUCGAGGCGAAYAACUUCGUUCAAAUUACAGAGAAAUCUGAAGGUUUGUUGACUAAAGGACAGCGAUUUGCCCAGAUAACCAAGAAAGCCCUGGCGAGUACCUCUGAUCCCUUCGAUAGGGAGAUCUUGAUACCAUUGGACGGAUUUCAAUCAGGUCUCCCUGGACUAAUUCAAGCCGUCGAUAAAGUCCUGUCGUAUUCGUCCGACCGCAUCUCACGUGACAUGGCUCACAAGCAUGCGUCGUCGAUCGCAGAGAAAGUAAAUUCCAUUCAGAGUAAAGUCACAGGAAGCCCGGUCAUCGUCCUGAAAUCACGUGUUCGUUAUGAUGAGCGUCCAUCGCCCCCGGUACAUCAGUCUUACAAUGGUAGUGAUUUGUCGUCGACUACUGACCACGAUGACUUGACAAAACACGUUARUCGGGAGGAAAGUCGUCAACCCAAGAGAACGUCUUCACCGUCGUCUUUAAGCGUGUCUAGCGACGAAUCACGUGGUUUUGAUCAGUAUUUUGACGAGAAAGCUGACAAGGGAAUGAAUGAAGCUGACAAAAAAUCGCUUCUAGGAGUUGCCGGUGAUAGUCGUCUGUUUGGUGAGCCUUUUCAGCUAUCUCGUACAUGCACGGCUCCUGUCAUGGGUCUCUUGCAAACUGCUAGGAAUGGUGACCGUAAUAGCAUCGAAAGAAGCAUUAAAAACGUCAUUUCACAAGCCACUCGACUCAUGGGCUUAGCAGAGAAAUGCAUAGAGAAGUCUCAACAUGGUGAGSAAAUUAGACGAAUUCGAGUUGCAUCCGCUGAAAUAGAGAAACUGACACCAAUAAUCACUCAAGCAGCGCGUGACAUGACGUCAAACCCACGUGACAAGAGAGGCUUUGAACGGUUACAGGUGAUUGGACGAGAGUGGGCAUCAAAAGCUCACGUUCUUGGUGACGCAAUAGAUGCUAUKGUAACGCCUUGGUCAGCUGCUGCUUCUAAACUUGCCCUCGCUGCGAUGUCUGGGGAUACCGCUGAACUGAAAAGGAAGAUAAACAACAUCAAUGACGAGGCCGUCCGUCUGCGUCAACUAGCCCUGUCAACCAUUGCAGCAGCCGAUGCAGAAGAUUACGCAAUGGAUCCUGGGAACGAAAGCGAUGACUUCGARCGGAAYCCAGACUCCUAUGAACGCAUCAAGUUACUACGGGCAACGUCACAGGARACGGACAAAGUCAUCCCUGAACUGAUCUUAGCCGCACAGUCUCUUAUAGUGAACCCUACCGACAUGGGUCGACUKGAACACCUGGAGUUCUUACGYCGUGUGUGGGCUUGUAACGUUAAUGAYUUAAUCACUGCAGUCGAUGACGUCAUUGUGGGUACGUCGGCACCAGUCGAGCAYCUUACCGACGCGGCCAUGGUUAGUGACAGCUUGGCUUUACAGGAGAGAAUCAAGAGGGUUGUCUCUUAUACGCGGACUUUGAAAGACAUGUCUAGUGCUGCAACUGCAGGAUGCACCAACCCAAAGAAAGCUGUUCUAGUAGAGUCAACAAUGUCGUCUAUUGAACGGCUCACGGCUGACUUGCAAGAGACCGCUCAUGCUGUCGCUGAUUUGAGUGUURUUCCAAACAAAUCACUACAACAACAGCUGGCUUUUAUGAGUAUUGAAGAGAAAAUGAAGCUUAUACGUCGUGAGUGGGCUACCAAGGUCCAUCUACUUACAGCUCUGGUAGAUGACCUUACAGCGCAUGUCUCUGCACCAGUAGACCGCUUAGCAGGUGCUGCGUUAGCUGUCACAAAGGCCGAUGUAACGAGACGUCUKCUGUUAGAGCGAGAGUUCGAGGUUCAAGCCCAAGAGCUGUCAAGUCGUGUGGCGAGGGUUAGAAGUCAAGCAAGCAAAGCAGUUGAAACUUCAAGUCAUGCUGGACAUGUAAGAAGUGUUCGCGUUACUGGAGACUUUAUUGAUAGACUAACCCCGCAGGUUAUAGGAUCAGCCAGAGCCUUGGCAGAUAAUCCUGACCAACCCACAGUUGAACAUUUUCAACUUCUUCGCCGACAGUGGGCAUCCAAGGCUCAUAUGUUGAUCGCUAUUCUUCGUGAGUUACACGAUGCCAAUCACACGGCUGUCCAAUCUGUUGUUGACAAUCUCCUUGCAACCGUUCAUCCACCAACAGAAAGCGAGUCCUUCAGGAAGUCCGAUUUUUCGAAUUUGCUGAGUUCGUCUCCAGGAGAUGCGAGACUAUUGAACUCUUUUCGAGUAUCGAGCAGCCCUUCUCGCUCCCCUCCACAAGCAAGUCUUUUUAACUCUUCUCGAGUAUCGAGCAGCCCUUCUCGCUCCCCUCCACAAGCAAGUCUUUUUAACUCUUCUCGAGAAUCGAGCGGUCGUUCUGGUUCACCCUCACCAGUUAAGAAAAGAUUUCCUACUAAAACCUUUCCAAGACCAAACAAACUCCGCGAAAAGUCUGAUCGUCGUGCAGUGAGUGACAGCGAAGAACCUCCCAAACCUCGUGUCCCUAUUGGUGCAUCUAGCAGUGAGACAGACCUCAGGUCAUUACUCGUUGCAGAACUUCAUGACAGAUUCUCAUCCAACGAGUCUCUCAAACGGUCAAAGUGGGACGCUAGGUACUGGGCAAAGUUUGAAGUGAAUCGAAAGAAGAAGCAACAAAGAGCUUUCAGCAUGGCCGACCUGUCCAAGAAUAAUUCUGAAUGGAUUUCUGAAUCGACUGAAGAUUUACGGAAUAGAAAGAGUUCCAAAUCGAUUGAGAGGGCUGCGCGUUUUUUGGUAGACGAAGUCGACCGAUGGGAGGAAGAUCAUAACUCCAUCGUACAAAUCGCCAAGAAGAUGGCGCAGCAAAUGAUGGAAAUGGCACAGUUUGCAAGACGAAGAGGAAAACUUCAGGAUCGAGUAGAGAUGACAAACACAGCUAAAGCUAUAGCAGCGAACAGUAGAAUCAUUCAAAACUUCGCUCAAGUCAUAUCUGACUCAUGUGCAGAUCACAGAUCCCGUGAAGACUUACUAUAUUACGCAGAAUGUCUACCUACUAUGAGCACACAGUUGACGAUAUUGGCAUCAGUUAAAUCGGCAGCACCCAACGACCCAUCGGCUGACGCCAUGUUGGUGAGGAAUGCUGAGAACUUAAUGCAGGCAGUGGUGAAGACACUACGCGCAGCCGAAGCAGCGUCUGUUCAAGUAAGUCGACAAUUCUUGCCAAUAUUGCUUUCUAGNCCUUCUCGCUCCCCUCCACAAGCAAGUCUUUUUAACUCUUCUCGAGUAUCGAGCAGCCCUUCUCGCUCCCCUCCACAAGCAAGUCUUUUUAACUCUUCUCGAGUAUCGAGCAGUCCUUCUCGCUCCCCUCCACAAGCAAGUCUUUUUAACUCUUCUCGAGAAUCGACCGGUUGUUCUGGUUCACCCUCACCAGUUAAGAAAAGAUUUCCUCCUAAAACCUUUCCAAGACCAAACAAACUCCGCGAAAAGUCUGAUCGUCGUGCAGUGAGUGACAGCGAAGAACCUCCCAAACCUCGUGUCCCUAUUGGUGCAUCUAGCAGUGAGACAGACCUCAGGUCAUUACUAGUUGCAGAACUUCACGACAGAUUCUCAUCCAACGAGUCUCUCAAACGGUCAAAGUGGGACGCUAGGUACUGGGCAAAGUUUGAAGUGAAUCGAAAGAAGAAGCAACAAAGAGCUUUCAGCAUGGCCGACCUCUCCAAGAAUAAUUCUGAAUGGAUUUCUGAAUCGACUGAAGAUUUACGGAAUAGAAAGAGUUCCAAAUCGAUUGAGAGGGCUGCGCGUUUUUUGGUAGACGAAGUCGACCGAUGGGAGGAAGAUCAUAACUCCAUCGUACAAAUCGCCAAGAAGAUGGCGCAGCAAAUGAUGGAAAUGGCACAGUUUGCAAGACGAAGAGGAAAACUUCAGGAUCGAGUAGAGAUGACAAACACAGCUAAAGCUAUAGCAGCGAACAGUAGAAUCAUUCAAAACUUCGCUCAAGUCAUAGCUGACUCAUGUGCAGAUCACAGAUCCCGUGAAGACUUACUAUAUUACGCAGAAUGUCUACCUACUAUGAGCACACAGUUGACGAUAUUGGCAUCAGUUAAAUCGGCAGCACCCAACGACCCAUCGGCUGACGCCAUGUUGGUGAGGAAUGCUGAGAACUUAAUGCAGGCAGUGGUGAAGACACUACGCGCAGCMGAAGCAGCGUCUGUUCAAGAGUUUGUCAAGCGUCCGCCAUUGUCKUCGGAAGCAGCAGAAGCCGCUGAUCUAGCUUUUCAGUGGAAGAAAAAACUACAACGACAACGUMAACARGAACUCUUUACCACGUCACGUGAUCACUUGGGUCUCAGAAAACGAGACCCAAAGCCUUCGCCGUCACUUGUAGAUAUCGUACAUGUAUAACGAACAWCGUUUAUUUAAAUAUUUAAUAUCACAAGAUAAUCGGCUAACGCGUUGCCAUGUACGUUACAACCCAAUUCAAAC